AAUGUUUAACAUGACAGUUUUGGGUGACAUGGCUGAGCUCUAGCCAUGAGGGAGACACAGCAUCAUUGAUAUGUUUCUGCUUUGUGAAACACUUGCUGUUCAUAUACAGAAACACCAGACUGAGAAUCAUUUAGCUCUGAAUAAUGGAUUGACUGGACUGACAGCCUAAACAUGGACAUCCUUCUUCUGUCAGUGCUCCUACUUUCAUUGAUUCAAGCAGUUGGAGCUAAGAUGAAGCUGUCACCUGCAAGCUUGACGAUUGUGCGAGGAGAUGAGGCCGUCUUCACCUGCAGUCCCUCCACCCCUGACUGGACCGUUAUGGAGUGGAGACUGAAGGGUAGAUCACUUCUCACUAUCUCCAAGAGUACUGGUGUCUUGCCCACUGUCAACCCAAAUGUGACGGCUGUUGAAGACGGAAUCGGCUGGCAGCUUGUCCUAAAAAACACACAAAAGGAUGAUGAGGGAGAAGUGAUCUGUGAGCUUCAGCAUAUUGAUUUCAGAACAGCAAACCUGUUUGUACAAGAAAGGGGCACCGUGACAGUCUUUGGAGACAAUAGACUGGCUUUUAAGGGACAGUCAGUCCUGUUUCAGUGUCAAGCAGCUGGAUGGUACCCCCAACCUGUUCUGCAAUGGCUGGUGGAUCGCAAAGAGGUGAACCAGCAGGAAUACAACAUCAGCACAACACAGAUAAAGAGUCUCUUCACUGUGACCAGCAACCUCAGUGUUAUGGCUACAAAAAGCUUUCCUGUGCACUGCCUGGCUUCUGUGUCUGCACUCAAAAAACCACUGAAGAGUGGUGUCAAUCUAACAGUGGUUGCAGAGGUGUUGCAAGAAGAGCAAGACGACUGCACAGUGCCGCUGGCAGUCACCGCCUCCCUCUCCGCUCUUCUGCUGCUCACACUGCUCUGCAUCUGCAUUGUCCUCUGUUACAGACAUAGGAAACAAGCGAAGGCCAACCCACAGGAGGCUAAGGGGUCUGGCCAUUGUGUGCUUGGGAGAAGCUCAGUUGCUGCAGUGACAGGAGGGAAUGUCAACCUGGGGUACUCCAGUGAGGGCCCAACAGGUGCGGAUUACAGUGAGAUUAUCACGGAAAUUCGCAGCAAGAUGGACUUUGCCAGCUUUCACAAGGUCCCUGAUGUUGUGCAUGUCAGCAGCCAGUCUCUACACAGCGAGAGCCACACCACUGAGUUUGAAGACGAGGAGAGCUCCAACAAUGUCAGGAGAAUUACUACCGUUUGAAUGUUUUGACCUUGUAUUUUUUUCCAUGUCAAGUUUCAUUUCAUCAUUGUUGAAUCAAUAGAGAUUUUUCUACAGGAGAGUAAAUAUUUGAAAUAAUACAGAAUGCCUAAGAGCUUUCUACUUUGUAUUCAUUGCAUUUUGAAUUGCCUCCACGUGACUGAUUUCUGUUUGGACCUUUUCAUAAUUUGAGAUUUUUACCAUAAACUGAUGAAGAGGAGGCACAAAUUAGUGAAGUGUUUGAUGCUCAAAUUUGUUUGAGUGUUUAAAGUUUGCCUGAUUAA